UGGUGAGUGAUAGCAGUAUAAGCCGCUUUGCUUGCACAUCAAGAUAACAAAUACUUACUCUCUUAUUCUUCCACUUUCUUCACUUUUCUCUUUAAAUUCACAUCCUCUUACACCCUCCAUUCCUCUCCUUCUCCCCUUCAAACUCCUAAUAUUUGUGUGUCACGCCACCCAAAAAAAGAAAUUCUUUAUUUUUUAGAAAUUUCUUCAUCUCCUCUCUCUAUUACCAUUUAUCAUUUAUACUCCUAUUUCUUGCUUUAUAAAAUAUAUCACUACUCUAAUUCCUCUCUAAAUUCUCUUCAAAUUCUUACUUGCAUCUUUUUAUAAAUUCCCAUUUCAUUAGCUUGUAUUCUCAUAUAUACAUAUAUAUGUGCAUGGUAUAAACAACAAGUAAUUAUGGCAACUGUGAGGAAACUCAUUGUAGAGGUAGUGGAUGCAAGAAAUCUCCUCCCAAAAGACGGUCAUGGAACCUCUAGUCCUUACGUAAUCGUCGACUUUUACGGCCAGCGUAAACGCACAAAAACUGUCAUCCGGGAUCUUAACCCGGUUUGGAAUGAAACCCUUCAUUUCAAUAUGGGCGGGCCUUCCAAUAUCUUUGGGGACACACUUGAGCUUGAUGUAUUUCAUGACAAGAAUUACGGGCCAACCCGUAGGCAUAACCAUCUGGGUCGAGUACGGGUAAGCUGUACUUCUACUCAGUUGGUUAAGAAAGGUGAAGAAGCUUUGAUUUAUUACCCUUUAGAAAAGAAGUAUCUUCUUAGUUGGAUUCAAGGUGAUAUUGGUCUUAAGAUUUAUUACUCCGAUGAAGUUUCACCACCGGAGAUUCCGCCGCCGGUGGAAUCUCCACCAACUCAGGAGAAGAAGGAAGAACAAGUUCAUGAACCCAUACCUUCUGUGGAUUCUGCAGAUCCUCCGCCAGAAAAUGCACCUGAGGUUGAGGGAGAUGGGGUUGAUAAUCAGGUAGGUGAAGGUCCACCAUUACCAUCUGAAGAUGAGAAGAAAGAUCCGGUAGAAGAAUUACCACCGGAGGUGGGCCCACAACCGGAGAUGGAAAUGAAGGCGUCCGAAGUUUCUGGAACUAUCCCAGAAGUUAAGGUAGCGGAUAUAGGAAUAAAAACACCGCCGCCAAUGCCGCCGAUGCCUCCAACGCCGGCGAUAUCGAGAUCAGUUUCGACGGCGUCGUUUGAAAGUAUUCCAAUCGAACGGUCUACGUUUGAUCUGGUGGAGAAGAUGCAUUACAUAUUUAUUCGUGUGGUUAAGGCUAGAUCACUUCCUACAAACGGGUGCCCAGUUGUAAAGAUUGUGGUUUCGGGUAAUCGGGCAGUAUCCAAACCCGCCCGUAAAACGAAUUUGUUUGAAUGGGAUCAGACAUUCGCUUUUGGCCGUGACUCACCGGAUUCAUUCUCCAUUUUAGAGGUGUCUGUGUGGGACUCCCUUAAUCCAGAAGCGGCAGACCCUUCGGAAGGGUUGUCAAUGAGGGAGUUUCUCGGAGGAAUAUGUUUUGAUACGACGGAGAUUCCCUUGCGGGACCCACCUGAUAGUCCCUUGGCCCCACAAUGGUACAGGUUAGAAGGAGGCGGGGCCCAUUUGGGAGACUUGAUGCUAGCUACAUGGGUAGGAACACAAGCUGAUGAGUCUUUUCCUGAUGCUUGGAAAACAGACACCGCUGGGAAUGUAAACUCAAGAGCAAAAGUUUACUUAUCUCCCAAACUAUGGUACUUAAGAGCAACUAUAAUAGAUGCCAAAGACAUCUUAUCUGGUUCCAAAGAUUGUAUGUUUCAGGUCAAGGCUCAACUUGGGUUCCAAAUCUUGAGGACUAAACCCGUACCAAGCCGUAAUGGGACACCUACUUGGAAUGAAGACUUAAUGUUUGUAGCAGCUGAGCCGUUUGCGGAUCAGCUUAUCUUCACAUUAGAGCAAAGAGCACGAAAGGGCUCGAUUGUUGUUGGCACGACUCGUGUGUCUUUGACCAUGAUCGAGAGACGAGUUGAUGAUCGGAAUGUAAUGGAAAAAUGGUUCACAUUUGAUGAUCCAAAUAGUGAUCAAAACAAUUUGUAUAAACCAAGAGUUCAAUUAAGGUUGUGUUUCGAUGGCGGGUAUCAUGUGAUGGAAGAGGCUGCUCAAGUGUGUAGUGAUUACCGCCCUACGGCUAGGCAAUUGUGGAAGCCUGCCGUAGGAAUGGUAGAGCUCGGAAUCAUUGGGUGCCGAAAUCUUCUCAAAAUGAACGGUAAAGGGUCUAUAAAUGCUUAUAGUAUAGCAAAGUACGGGCCUAAAUGGGUGCGCACACGAACAGUGUCGGACAAUUCAGACCCGAAAUGGAAUGAGCAAUACACAUGGAAGGUUUACGAUCUUUGUACAGUCCUAACCAUCGGAGUGUUCGAUAGUUGGGGAAAUUCCGAGACUGAAACCCGUCCUGAUUUGAGAGUCGGGAAGGUAAGAAUACGAGUCUCGACUCUCAAAACAGGACGAGUAUAUAGAAGUACAUACCCAUUAUUGUCACUUACUCCUAUGGGACUAAAAAAAAUGGGUGAUAUAGAAUUGGCAGUAAGAUUUGUUAGAAGCACACCUACAUUAGAUGUGUUACAUGUUUACUCACAACCUUUGCUACCCCUUAUGCACCACAUUAAGCCACUAGCCUUAGGGCAACAAGAAAUGUUAAGGGGCGCGUCCGUAAAGAUCUUAGCCGCUCAUUUAUCGCGAUCAGAACCACCACUUCGACAAGAAGUUGUUUGUUAUAUGUUGGAUGCGGAUUCCCAUACUUUUAGUAUGCGAAAAGUUCGCGCAAAUUGGUACCGAAUAAUCAACUUAGUUGCCGGGGUUAUAGAUGUAGCAAAAUGGGUUGAAGAUACAAGAACAUGGAAAAACCCUACAUCUACAAUACUAGUACAUGCAUUAUUAGUUAUGUUAGUUUGGUUUCCUGACCUUAUUAUACCCACAUUAGCAUUCUAUGUAUUUGUCAUUGGUGCUUGGAAUUAUAGGUUCCGAUCUAGGGACCCACUUCCUCAUUUCGACCCAAAAAUUUCACUGGCUGAAAGUAUUGACUGUGAUGAACUCGAUGAAGAAUUCGAUACGCUGCCAAGUAAUAGGCCGCCUGAGAUUGUUCGGGUAAGAUACGAUAAGCUUCGUACGUUAGGGACACGUGUGCAAACGGUAUUGGGUGAUUUAGCUACACAAGGUGAAAGGGUGCAAGCAUUGGUUACUUGGCAAGAUCCAAGAGGUACUGGGAUAUUUGUUGGGUUGUGUUUUGUAGUGGCAAUUAUAUUGUACUUGGUUCCUUCAAAGAUGGUUUCUGUGGCUUUAGGGUUCUAUUACCUACGUCAUCCAAUGUUUAGGGAUCGUGCUCCUUCUCCUGCUAUUAAUUUCUUUAGGAGAUUACCUUCACAAUCUGAUCGAAUAUUGUAGAUUGCUAGUGAAUAUACUUCUGUCAUAUGUUUUUAAUGCUAUUAUACUUCUUCUGUUGUCUCCCCGAGAACACUAUUUGACUUACGUUGAAAGCUUUUUGAGUUAAAUUGUGUUUUUUAGACGGACAGAUAGAGUACGUUGUGUACUUUGUAUUAUAGUUCUAUUUGUAAAACUGAAUUUUACUUUAAAUGACACAUUUUUCCUUAUACUAAUUCUAAUUUUCAAUU